AUGGACUCGCUGUCCUCCCGUCAUCUUAUCCAUUCCUCCUGCGGCAACGGCGGCGGCUACGCCCAUUCCGUCGUGCGCCGUCGACGGCCGUCGCCGGCGUGUGGCCACGGCGAAGGUGGUCGGCCCAGACGGCUCUUUGGUGCAGUUCGCGGCGCCCGUCAUGGCAGGCGAGGCGCUGGGGGACGCCGCCAGCGCGUCGAGCUUCCUGUGCAGCGCCGACGAGCUCCGCUUCGACGCGCCCGCCCGUGCGCUGGCGGCCGAGGAGGCGCUGCAGCCCGUGUGGCUCUACUUCGCGAGCUCCGCUUCGACGCGCCCGCCCGUGCGCUGGCGGCCGAGGAGGCGCUGCAGCCCGGGUGGCUCUACUUCGCGCUGCCCAUGUCCAUGCUCCGCCGGCCGCUCUCCGGGCAGGAGAUGGCCGCCCUCGCCGUCAAGGCCAGCUCCGCGCUCGCCGUCGCCAGCGGUCUCCUUCUCAAACAAAGAAACCGUCCCGACCCGGAUUGGAGUUCGCUGCUAUAAGUUGAAUUGUUCUUGGCCCGAAUCAUGAACCAGGCCAGCGCCACCAGCGAGUAGUGCACCGUCGCUUAUGCUCCGCAUCAUGUCGCCUUUGAGUAC